CCAAUACACUUAAUUUCCCACUCCAUUAUUCUUUCUUCUCUCCUGACCCAAAAAAAUGGCUAAAAAUAUUCACAUUUUAUUCACAUUCACCCUCAUUUCCACCACUGUUUUGGCUGCUCGUACUCCAACUCCAACCCCAUUAGAUGGAAUGUUACCAAAUGGAAACUUUGAAGAAGCACCAAAACCAACAGACAUAAAAAACACUGUCUUACUUCACAAGACCGCUUUACCCAAAUGGGAAAUAAGCGGUUUAGUGGAGUACAUUCACGGCGGGCCACAGCCCGGCGGAAUGUACUUCCCAGUUGCUCACGGCGUUCACGCCGUGAGACUAGGAAACGAAGCAACGAUUUCCCAAACUAUAUCCGUAAAACCCGGAUCUUUAUAUGCUGUGACCUUUGGUGCUUCUAGAACUUGUGCACAAGAAGAAGUUUUAAGAGUGUCCGUACCACCACAAUCUGGUGAUUUGCCUUUGCAGACUUUGUAUAGUAGUGAUGGUGGUGAUGUUUAUGCUUAUGGGUUUAAAGCGAAUUCGGCUAGUGUCAAGUUAACUUUUCAUAACCCGGGUGUUCAAGAAGACCCGAAAUGUGGCCCGCUUAUUGAUGCUGUUGCGAUUAAGGAGCUUCUUCCCCCUAGACCUACUCGCUUAAAUCUGGUGAAAAAUGGAGAUUUUGAGGAAGGGCCACACAGGUUAUUCAAUUCAUCAAACGGUGUAUUGCUACCUCCACGACAAGAAGACGUUACAUCUCCACUUCCUGGAUGGAUAAUCGAGUCCUUGAAAGCAGUUAAGUUCAUUGACAAAAAGCAUUUCAAUGUUCCGCAAGGAGUUGCCGCCAUAGAGCUAGUUGCUGGAAGAGAAAGCGCGAUGGCACAAAUCCUUAGAACAGUCCCAAACAAGUUAUACAACCUGACAUUCGUGAUUGGGGAUGCUAAGAAUGGGUGCCAUGGCGAUAUGAUGGUUGAAGCGUUUGCUGCAAAAGAUACUCUAAAAGCACCAUUCAAGUCGGAAGGUAAAGGGAAAUGGAAAACGGUUAGUAUGAAGUUUAAGGCGAUAGCCACAAGAACUAGAGUGACGUUUUAUAGUUCGUAUUACCACACUCGGGCUGAUGAUUUCGGCUCUCUUUGUGGCCCUGUGAUUGAUGACGUUAGGGUUUUCUAUGCUCGAGCUUAGAGGAAACAUGAGUUAAAACUCCAAGUUUUAAUAUAAUUUCUGUGUACUAGUUUGAUCGUUUGUAGAUUAAACCCAUGGAUGAUUUAUUAAUAUUGGGCGACAAAUGAUCUUUUGGUUGAUA